GUAAGAACGGGUUUCAAUUAUUUGAAGGACUAAAAUGUUGUCCCCGUUCCCCGUAUUCCUCAGAUCUGCUGCAGCUGCUUCGUCGUCGUCGACGACGACGAUGAACGAUAAUAGUGAUAAUUUAUCCGAUAUUAUUGAUCUCUUUCCAUAUACCGUUGCUCCAACUUAUGAACUACCACCUAGACCACCGAGGAACCCAGAUAGAUUGAGGAAUGAACUUAUACCAUUUAUAAAUCGAAGAACUCCUCCUCGUUUUCCACCACCAACUUCCCCUCUUCCUCCAUUACCACCGGAUCCAGUAACUCCCUCGCAGCAACUUAAUUCACGUACCACAACCAAUGUACCCAACGCCAGGCGGUCUCUCUCCUUGGAGUGCAUCCUCAUACCCAUCAAAACCUAUCCCAACAGCUCCCCCUUCUUCUCCACCACAGCCAAACCUUAUACUACGUGGUCCAGUUGGUGUACUACCCCUUUCACGUGCAGCUCCAGGCGCUUCUACUGCCAAACCAAUACCAAACUCACUAAGAGCUGAAGACAACUCCUCUCCUUCUGAUGCUGCCCUCGUGCUCAACGUCCAUGGCGGCAUCGAUACCUCGGGUAGGCUCCACCACGGUUUCAGGCGCCAUGAAGUCCCUUAUCCCAGGAAUCAUGAACGAAACGUCCUAGAUCUAGACGCCGUCGACACCCUCCUGGCCCGCCAAAUGAGUGGCGGUUCCUUAACUUGGCAUGUAUUCCCGCCAUCCUGGAACAAACCACCACCGGAUGUCCCUCUUAAGAGAAUAUUGGAUAUAGGCUCCGGGAACGGCGUAUGGGUAGUCGAAGCUGCCAAACACUGGAAAGCCUGCGAAGUCGUCGGCCUCGAUGUUGUAUCUCUCCACCCUGACCUCGUCCGUCUCUCCAGAGACAAGGACCUGUUGAAGAGAGUAAGCUGGGUCCAAGCCAAUUUCCUCGAAGGUCUUCCUUUCGCAAACGAAUCUUUCGAUUUUGUACACGUCAAACGUAUCGCUCGAGGCGUACCAGAGGACAAGUGGGACGACCUCUUCGAAGAAAUUACCCGCGUGAUGAAACCAGGCGCGGCAUUCGAAGUCAUCGAAGAAGACUUGAGCUUCCCGGGGCGGUCAGAUGUGGAAGGCAGCGAAGUUGGGACGCUGAGAAGUAAAGGAAGCAGCGUCUCCAUCUCCACCUCUAGUCCAAGCCCCGGGACCGAAUCAGGGAGGAACAGCGCAAUCGGGAGCACGAGCAGCUCGGACUCUGCGGGUUCCAUGAGUGCUGUCACCACUCCUGACUCUAUACCAUCUAUUACUAUCAACACCCACCCCCAUCGUUCAAACAUCGAGGGCCCUUCCAAUUCCAAACACGAACGUGAACACCCAACUAUAUCCACCUCCCUCCCUACUAACAGCCAUUCCGUGGCUUCGAACAAUACCCACGCCAAUGCGUUCAUCCAUCGUUCUUUGCGCCAGCCUCCCUCUGGCAAUAUAUCCCAUGAGACGGUGACUUUAGCCAGGCCAAGCACAACUUCUCCUUCGAGUCCCUCUUUCCAACCGUUCACCCCUCUUCCUUCGUCCCAACCCCCCCUUUCGAACCCCUCACAACCAUUCCUUUCUUCCUCCUCCUCGCAAAGUACAUUCCUUUCUUUCUCCUCGGACAGCAGCACGCCGACGCCAAGCAUGAUGAACCACACCUCAACGCCUUCACUGACCCCUCGUCCACCACCAUCCCAUAAAUUCAACAAGGCUGCACAGGCUGUGUUGAUGGAACCUAUGCAUGCUCCCUUUUUCGUCAGUGUGGGGUCUGUCACUGCGUCUGGUUCUUCUGGUUCCAGUUCUGCCAGUGUCUCCGGUUCCGUUACUGGUUCUGGUUCUCUCUUCGCCUCUGGGUCCGGCUUCGGCACUAGCCCUAGCUCAGGUUCACCCCCAGUCCCACAAAAAAGGAACAAGGCAGCGCAGGCGGUGUUGAUGGAGCCUCCUACCCCUUUUUUCGUGUUGCCGCAGAAUAAGAGUCGAGUUUCGCUGAUGGGGGAGAGUUCCAGUUCGAGUUCUAGUAGUGGGAGGGAUAGUCAAAGUCAAACCGGGAAGGGCAGGAGUAGAGGUUCGCUGGGGAGUCGAGUGAGCGUUGGCUUGGGGAAUCUGGGGUUCGGUGUCAGGAGCGGUACCAGUGUGGGUGUUGGAAGUCCGAGUUCGAGUUCGAGGCUGUUGGAGGAUGAAUUGGGUGAGGGGACGGAGGUACAGUUUCCUGUGGGUACGCCGCCGGAUUUGCGGGGUGGCGCUGCGCUUGAUUCUGGGAGCGUCGUAUCACCGCCAUUGGAUGCGCGAGGUGUCGUACCACUGGAUUCGCGAGGUGUCGCACCACUAGACUCGCGAGGUGUCGUACCACCGGAUUCUCGAGGCGUCAUACCACCGGAUCCGCGCGACCAUACAGUCCUGGAGACGAUCUACAACGAGAUGCACGCGGAACGGUUCAUUAACCUUUCUCCGUUGAGUUUGUUGGCUAAUACGGUGGGGCUGUGGUUCAAGGGUGAGUCCUUGUUUAUUGCAUCGUUUUCGAGUGGGGCAGAUGUUGAUAGGGUGGAAUUACGGAGGGUGCCUCACUCCAAGUCGGCGAUGUCAGGGUUUGAGCUAACUGGGACGUGUAGACGUUCGCACGCACCCGCCAAUCUGUUGCGUUUCCCACCGCUGAGGGAACCCGAUGGGGCGAAUACGCUACUUUCGGUAUCAAGUUCGGGUGUGGGUGUGGGCUCGUCCAGCGUUGAGUCUGCCGCUGGUGCCGCAGGCCACUUGAAGAACACGAUUAUCUCACUAGACGGUCUGAGUAAUGGGGCAUCACCUUACGCCUCCCUCGAUUCCGCAAUCUCUACUCAACGGCAGACACAAAUGCGGGCCCUGCCGAACCCCGCGUUAGACAUCGACCUGAAGUUUCUGAACCUCCAUCUGGCGCUGCGCGUGAAAGAGAUCGUAGCAUGCGCAGAGGCGAUGUGGGAGUGGGUAAGCGAGUUUCAGACGGGAAGCAUGGGGAGGAAGAACUUGACGGAUGGUGUGUAUGUCAAGAUCAUGGGGUUGACGAGGUCGCAGUUUGACGAGUUAUUGUUGAGGUUCGAGCUGGAUAUGAGGGAACACAUGGGACUCGGAUCUGUGCUCGAGGACCGAUUCAAUUGGAGUAUGAUCUCGGGUCCGACACCACAGGAAAAGCGCUCGUUUGACACGGCAUGCGAGAAAUGGGAGGCGUAUCGGAGGCUUGGGGGUGGUGAUCGAACCCCUUGCGCCGUCGGCGUCGCCGCUCCGCACCCCGCUACGCGUCUCAGCCGUUCAUUACGAGUCUUCGUUGCAUGGAAGCCUACAGCAUGA